CGAGUAGAACUGCAGCUGCAGCCAACAAGGUUCUGAUCGACUACGAUACGAGAGUCAGUCAGAUAGGGACCAUGUUAGACGCAGAGAAACAUCAAACAGCCGAUCAUCUUGACGGCGACCAGGUGGAGGUGCGGGGAACGCGACCACCAGCACCAUUGAAAUUGCUAACGCAGUUCACACGCGCCACACCAAACACAAAUUUUCACGCGAGCUGCGAAACAUCGCUGGAGGAACCCAUCGGCAAAGCAAAUGAUGAAACUACCACAACCAACAACUACGUUGCUGUAGCUGCUGUUGACGAUGUAAUUGUGGACUCGUAUAAAAAUGUAGUUCCAGAAGUUGCGAGAGCACAGCUUUUGCAAGAUGCAGCUACACCAGAUGAAAGUCGUGCAAAGGACUUGGUCCAGAGCUGCAGCAGAGCGGCGAGAAAAUUUGAUCCAGUGGAACCACCGGCUGAGAUCAUUUCCGAGGAAUUUUAUUCCCCGGGAGUAAAGAGACCGUCUCUAGACGCGGGGCUUGGUUCUCCA